CGAAUGGGAAUAAAUAAGUCAUGACCGCGGAUCAGAAGCAGGCUGGUGUCACCUGAAGUUGCCAGAUUGACAGUUCGAGAGUAGCCAUCACUUGAGUAUCCGUGACGAAAAUCCGCGGUAUAAAGGGUGCUUCCUGGGCACAGAUCCGCGCUAGUUUUGAUUGUGUCGUGUCCGGUGAAAGAUACCUGCCCCCCACCGGGUCAAAUGGCCGCGACCAUGUUGUGUCGAGUUUGUGGUGACCGCAGUUCCGGCAAGCACUACGGAUCGGUUUGCUGCGACGGAUGUUCUUGUUUCUUCAAGCGGAGCAUCCGAAAGAGAGCACUGUACACGUGCAUCUCCGGCCAGGGUGGCUGCUCGGUGGACAAGGCCCGCCGGAACUGGUGCCCGUACUGUCGGCUGCAAAAGUGCUUCCUGGUGGGGAUGAAUGCGGCCGCGGUGCAGGAUGAACGGGGCCCGCGCAAGAACCGGAACCAACGGUUACAAAACGCCGGAGGAGGAAGGAUGUUUUUGCGAAAGCCGAUAGGGGUUAAGCUAGUGGCGACGGGAGUGAGAGCGAAAGACAAUCUCCCGUCGCAGAUCCUGGCCCAGGUGCUGGUGGCUUGCAUCCGGCAGGCCCGGGUCAACGAGAACUUUGCCCAUUUUGGUCGCGAGCAGCAGAACCAAAUUCUGCGCCACGUUUGGGCCGAGUGCUUCAUCCUGCGGGUCGCCAACUGGUCCAUCGACAUCACGUCCAUCGUCGAAAGAUGUGCCGACGAGCAGCUGCGAGCCAUCGUUCGGUGGACAAAAGCCCUUCAGGUGGACCUGAUUGAAAUUUCCCUGCUCGAAACGAUGAUCCUGUGCAGGAAAGAGUUCGCCCUGAGCGCCAAGGAAAGCCAACAACUGGAGAGCACCUCCGAAACGGCCCUGAUUGCCCUGGGCCACUACAGCGUGCAACAGAUGAGCUCAACCGCUGCUACUGGUGGGGGUGGUCCGGCAGGCUUCUUCUAUCAACAGCAACCUCCAGCUCCUCCUCCUCUUCCUCCCUCGGCUGGACCCGGGGCGGACACCAGGGCCGAGGCCCAGGGGUCAAUUGUCGAGUCGUCGUCGUUGUCGUCGUUUUUGCCGCUCUGCUGCUACCGGUUCGGUCGACUCCUGCUCGGGUUAAGAGGUUUAUCGAUGCACUGCUAUCAGGCCUCGGUACGUGCCAUGUUCCGAGAGGUCACCGGAGACACCGGCAUCAUGGAGCACUUUAUCGCCAAGCUGUAGACCCCGGAGGAGUGAGGAGGAUAAGGGUUUAGGAUUUUCGAAAAUGUGCAUUUAACACGGACAAUAAAGCUGAACUUGUCGGCAGGUACCAGAGGCUGUGGUAUGCCGCAACACGUGCUCUUGGAAGGUUGGAAUUUUAUUUUGAUUGGGCAGAGAGGGCGUGAUGACAUCCAUUGAAAAUGUUGGAAACAGAUUCAGGGCAUGAUAACAGGCCACUGAAACCGGAAAUGGAUUUACUUUGUAUAUUUUUUUUCUCAAACUU